AUGACGAGCGUUGGCAAUAAUCAGCUUAUCUCCAUUCAACCUAAUGAACUCAAAUUUCUCGUGGAACUCGAGUAUGAAAGCUACUGUGAUCUUAAAGUUGCCAAUAAAACUGAGCACCAUGUUGCUUUCAAGGUCAAAACAACAGCUCCAAGGAAGUACGGUGUAAGACCCAAACGUGGUGUCAUUCAGCCAUGGGACUCUUGCAUCAUUAGAGUUACUCAACAAAAGCAACUAGAGUAUCCUCCAGACAUGCAGUGUGAAGACAAAUUUCUCCUGCAAAGUACCAUCGUACCUCCACAUACUGAUGUGGAUGAACUUCCACAAGACACAUUCACCAAGGGCGGUGGAAAGAUUUUAACAGAGUCUAAGCUCAAAGUCUCUUAUAUCUCCCCAUCUACAACUCAAAGAUCCUCUGAAUCCGGAGAAACAAAUGGUGAUCGACAGGACUCCGAAACCAUCUCUCUGCAAACAACCUCUGCUUCACCUCAGUCUGCAAUGAGUGAGAUGCCGCCAAUGCUCAUUCAUCCUGCUAUGUCUCCUCUCGACAUCUCACUCCCAUCUGCAAACCGUGAGGGUACUAAAGAAGAUGGGUUGUGUGUGAUUUGUGUGGAUGCAUCAUCUGAAGCAGUGUGUGUGCCGUGUGGACAUGUUGCUGGAUGCGUUUCUUGCUUGAAAGAGAUUAAGAACAUGAAAAUGGGUUGUCCUGUUUGCCGUGCCAACAUUGAUCAGGUCAUUAAGCUAUAA